AUGGCAGCCGCCGCUCGUCCCCUUGUCUCCGUCCAAAUCCUUCCCACCAUGAACGACAUGGCCACCGAUUCCCCGGCCACUGUUCCCCUGCCCGACGUUAUGAGGGCCUCUAUCAGACCCGACGUCGUUAACUUUGUUCACUCCGGCAUGUCGAAGAACAGCCGCCAACCCUACGCCGUGUCCAAGAAGGUCGGCCACCAGACCUCCGCCGAGGGUGUCGAGAAGACAUCCACCGCUAUCAAGCUGCUCAAGGAGAUCAGAGCUUAUGUUGAAUGA